AUGGAGGAGAUGGUGGAGGGGAGGAUGGAGGAGAUGAGGGAGGAGAUGGUGGAGGGGGAGGAUGGAGGAGAUGGUGGAGGGGAGGAUGGAGGAGAUGGUGGAGGGGAGGAUGGAGGAGAUGGUGGAGGGGAGGAUGGAGGAGAUGGUGGAGGGGAGGAUGGAGGAGAUGGUGGAGGGGAGGAUGGAGGAGAUGGUGGGGUGGAGGGGGAGGAUGGAGGAGAUGGUGGAGGGGAGGAUGGAGGAGAUGAGGGAGGAGAUGGUGGAGGGGAGGAUGGAGGAGAUGGUGGAGGGGAGGAUGGAGGAGAUGGUGGAGGGGAGGAUGGAGGAGAUGGUGGAGGGGAGGAUGGAGGAGAUGGUGGAGGGGAGGAUGGAGGAGAUGGUGGAGGGGAGGAUGGAGGAGAUGGUGGGGGUGGAGGGGAGGAUGGAGGAGAUGGUGGAGGGGAGGAUGGAGGAGAUGAGGGAGGAGAUGGUGGAGGGGAGGAUGGAGGAGAUGGUGGAGGGGAGGAUGGAGGAGAUGGUGGAGGGGGAGGAUGGAGGAGAUGGUGGAGGGGAGGAUGGAGGAGAUGGUGGAGGGGAGGAUGGAGGAGAUGGUGGAGGGGAGGAUGGAGGAGAUGGUGGAGGGGAGGAUGGAGGAGAUGGUGGAGGGGAGGAUGGAGGAGAUGGUGGAGGGGAGGAUGGAGGAGAUGGUGGGGUGGAGGGGAGGAUGGAGGAGAUGGUGGAGGGGAGGAUGGAGGAGAUGAGGGAGGAGAUGGUGGAGGGGAGGAUGGAGGAGAUGGUGGAGGGGAGGAUGGAGGAGAUGGUGGAGGGGAGGAUGGAGGGAGAUGGUGGGGUGGAGGGGAGGAUGGAGGGAGAUGGUGGAGGGGGGAGGAUGGAGGAGAUGGUGGAGGGGAGGAUGGAGGAGAUGGUGGAGGGGAGGAUGGAGGAGAUGGUGGAGGGGAGGAUGGAGGAGAUGAGGGAGGAGAUGGUGGAGGGGAGGAUGGAGGAGAUGGUGGAGGGGAGGAUGGAGGAGAUGGUGGAGGGGAGGAUGGAGGAGAUGGUGGAGGGGAGGAUGGAGGAGAUGGUGGAGGGGAGGAUGGAGGAGAUGGUGGAGGGGAGGAUGGAGGAGAUGGUGGAGGGGAGGAUGGAGGAGAUGGUCUAGGAGAUGAUGGAGGAGACGAUGGAGGAGAUGGUGUAGGAGACGUUGUAGGAAAAGAAGGCUACCCACUU